AUGCUGUCUCGAAGUAUAGUUACCAUCGCUCGCAUGGCGCCGAUGCGCCAAAUGCGCCCAUCUUUCCGACAGGGACUUCCAAGCUUGAUACGGCACUAUGCAGACAAGAUUAUCCAGGUCCCGGUGAUGGCCGAAUCGAUAUCCGAGGGCACUCUCAAGCAGUUCUCCAAGUCAAUUGGCGAUUAUGUCGAAGUGGACGAAGAGAUUGCCACCAUCGAGACGGACAAGAUCGACGUGGCCGUCAACGCGACAGAAGCCGGUAUUAUCAAGGAAUUUUUCGUCAACGAGGAGGAUACCGUUACAGUUGGCCAGGAUUUGGUUCGUGUUGAGCUUGGUGGCGAGAAGCCGGCGUCUUCAGGAGAGGCAGAGGCAGAGAAGCCCAAGGAGUCUACCCCUGCAGCCUCCGAAUCAAAACCCGCUGCAGAGCCAGAACAGCCGAAGUCACAACCUGCGCCCAGCGAGAGCGAGAAGCCUGCGCCGCCGCCCCAGAAACCUGCGGAAAAGCCUUCAGGGGCAGCGGCGCCUCCAAAGGUUGAGCCAGUAGGCGGAAACCGCGAAGAGCGCCGGGUCAAAAUGAACCGUAUGCGAUUACGUAUUGCUGAGCGCCUCAAGCAGUCCCAGAACACUGCUGCAUCACUGACGACUUUCAAUGAGGUUGACAUGUCCGGCAUUAUGGAAUUCCGAAAGCUUUACAAGGACGAAAUCUUGAAGAAGACUGGCGUGAAGCUGGGUUUCAUGAGCGCCUUUUCUCGCGCCGCGGUUUUAGCGAUGCGGGAUAUUCCGGCGGUCAAUGCUUCCAUUGAAGGCCCUAACGGAGGUGACACUAUCGUAUACCGCGAUUAUGUCGAUAUCAGCGUCGCCGUUGCUACGGAGAAGGGCCUGGUUACUCCCGUGGUGCGGAAUGUGGAGUCUCUGGACAUGGUUAGCAUCGAGAAGGCUAUUGCCGAGAUGGGCAAAAAGGCUCGUGACAACAAGCUCACGAUUGAGGAUAUGGCUGGUGGUACAUUUACUAUCAGCAACGGCGGCAUCUUUGGCUCCCUGAUGGGAACCCCGAUCAUUAACCUGCCCCAGAGUGCUGUCCUGGGUCUCCACGCCAUCAAGGAUCGUGCCGUGGUUGUCAACGGAAAAGUGGAGGUUCGCCCGAUGAUGUAUCUGGCGCUUACAUAUGACCACCGUCUGCUCGACGGAAGGGAAGCGGUCCAGUUCCUUGUCAAGAUCAAGGAAUACAUUGAGGACCCCAGGAAAAUGCUUCUAUAA